UUGAGUGAACACUUUAUCAUUUGUCCCUCUCUCCCCCCACUUUUUGUUUCCUCUUCCACCCUUUCGAAAUUAUGCGUGCCUACGUUUUUGAAAACAGCGAUGCCGAUCAGCGCGAAGCUCAUGACAGCGGCGUGAACAAGUCUUUGGAAGAUUUAAAGGCCGUCGGUGUCCUUUAUUGGCAUUUCGACGGUCCCGAUGCUUUGGAUCAGUUGAACGCUUUAGCCAAAGAACGCAAUUAUAAAAACAGAGACGAAAUUACAGUGUCUCCCAGUGCUUUGGGCGCCGUGUACGAAGAAAAAGUGAAGAGUUUCUUUGCCGAGCAUCUUCAUGAAGAUGAAGAGAUUCGAUACAUUUUGGACGGUUCCGGCUAUUUUGAUGUCCGUGAUAAAGAGGAUGUUUGGAUUCGCAUUUACAUGGAACGCGGCGAUAUGAUCAUUCUGCCCUCUGGAAUCUAUCAUCGUUUUACCACUGAUACCAAUAAUUACAUCAAAGCGAUGCGACUAUUCAAGGAAGAUCCUCUGUGGACCCCCAUUAACCGUCCAUUGGCCGACGAUAACCGUUAUCGACAGGAGUACCUCAAAAUGGUUGGUGCUGCCACCCAAUAAAGUUUAAAACUGUAUUUAUUUUACAUCAGCCGAAAUCAAAAAAGGAAAGGCUUCUAUAGCACAUCGCUCAGAUCCACUUCCUGAUAUUUUGUACUGUGCUCUUCCCUUCGUCGCUGAAGAUAGAGAAUGGUGUCGCGGAAAUGACGACGAACAUAAU